AUGAUAGUUUAUUGUAAAUUCGGCGAUGUUGAAGAAAGCUGCACUGAUUUGUUCCGUGAAGUUUUAUUGGAUGAAGGCCUGUGCUGUGUCUUCAAUCAAAUACAUCCAUUUUUCUUAUUCAAACAAAGAAUGUACUAUUUGCUAUCAUUUCUGAUUUGUUUUAUUUGUGGCCUUUACAUGGCAAUUUAUUUUCUCAAUAAAUGGCAAAACACCCCAGUUAUCAUCAGUUUAAGUUCGAAACCAACACCAAUAUCAAGUCUACCCUUUCCGACGGUUACCAUUUGUAAUAUGAAUCAAAUUCAACGUAGCAAUGUUGAAAAAUUUUCAGUGAAUUCACCCGAAUAUGCCUAUUCGCAGAAGAUAUGCUUUCAAAAAUAUAAUUAUACAAAAUUUCAUAAUUUUACCAAACGUUCUAAAUCGGAUUUGCUAUCUACUUUUAUUGUUGAAAAUGCCCAGUCAUGUGAAGAAAUGAUAGUUUAUUGUAAAUUUGGCGAUAUUGAAGAAACGUGCACUGAUUUGUUUCGCGAAGUUCUGCUGGAUGAAGGUCUUUGUUGUGUUUUCAAUCAAUUACAUCCAUAUUAUCUAUUCAAAAAGGAAUUCCGAUUUAUACGAGAUUUUACUAACUCAAACGGUCGAACUACAUUGCCUGUUAAAUGGACAUUCGAGGAGGGCUACGGAAAAGAUUUCUUACCCAAAAGAUUUUUUCCCAGGAAAACACCAGGUCCUGGAUCAUCGAAAGGCUUGAGACUGGUGCUCAAUGCUGACAUAAAUAAUUAUUAUUGCUCAUCGACAAAUGGUGCUGGUUUUAAGAUGAUGCUCUACAAUCCUGUCGAUACGCCCUACAUCAAAGAGUAUGGAUUGCCCAUAGCGAUUGGUAGACAAACUCGUGUUCGAAUUCAAACGAAAAUAACUGAAGCUGCGCCAACACUGCGUCAAGUAUCGCCAAAGAAUAGACAGUGCUAUUUCAGCGAUGAAAAAGUUUUGAAAUUUUUUCAUUACUAUACACGUCACAAUUGUAUACAGGAAUGUGAUGCUGAAAUGUUAUAUGCGAUGUGUGGAUGUUUACCAUACUAUUUACCAAUUAUUCGGCCGAAUGUAACGACCUGCUCUCUCAAGUAUAUGGAAUGUGUUGGACGGGGAGAAUUGUUAAUGUCCGUUUCAAAUGUGGAUAAAUGUAAAAGUGACUGUUUAUCGGGAUGUCAUGAAAUAACCCAUUCGCCAGAUAUGUUUUCUUCGCUGUUUACGCAACAUGAUUUCUAUCAUUUACCGGAUAAAUUUUUUCACAAUCGCACCCUGGAAGAUAUGAAAAACAAUUUGGCCAUUGUGACAUUUUUCUAUAAAACCAAUAAUAUUCGUGGUUAUACGAAGGCACCGUACACGGGGUUAACGGAGUUUUUGUCUCAAACUGGUGGCAUUAUGAGUUUAAUGGUUGGCUUCAGUGUUAUAUGUGUCGGUGAAGUUUUCUAUUUUGGAUUUCUGAAAAUAUUUUUCGAUAUAAAUCCGCCACGGCAGCCAGAAAAACUAACUGAAGAGGACGAGAAAGAAAUAAAUUCUAAAGAGAACCUAGUAAGCUUCGACAAUUAA